AUGCCUGACGAAACGGAGCCCCUCCUCCCGCGCUAUGAGGACGACACCUCGCGUCAGCGGCGGCUGCACCAGAAGCUCCACUCCUACCAGAUGCUGCGCGCCAUCUCCGAGGGUUACAUGCCAUCAACCGAGCAGACGAUCGCAAACCUACGAACCCUACUCGCCUCCGACGUGCUGAACCUCCGCAACCAAGAAAUCGGCACUCACGGCCGCCAGCUGGUCCGCGACGCCCGUCUCUGGCUCCAGACCUUCAUCGAACUCCUACACUCCAAGAACAACGAUGACCAACUACAGGAGUUCCUGUGGCACCUGGCGCGGUCGCGCGUGUCAAUUGAUGGCUCGCGUGUGUCGCAGCAAGCUGCCCACGUGAAGAGGCGCGCCGAUACUAAAGCAGCUUAUGAUAGUUUCCGAAAUGUGGGGAGCUUGCUCUUGACGAAUGCCGACUUUCGUCUUUUCGUUGAUGAUAUCGCCACCGUUGGCCGUCAGAUCUUCGCUGAUACCGCCGAGUCUCUUUCUGAAAGAUCUAAGAUCGUUGCUGAGCAGGUGAAGCCGUCGCAGAAUGAGGAGCAAGCUCUGCAGGGGGCUGGUGCUGAUGAGGGCCGUGAGGUGUCACGGGAAGAAAUAAAGGAAGACGCCGCCCAUGUCGCUGAAAUUGCCAGGGAGGGUAUUGCUCACACCGGACAGGAAGCCGUGAAGAGUGCCAAAGAACACUUUUCUGGCCAGGAACGGGAUACACUUUUGUUCCGCCUUAAGAAGACUGUUCAGCAGCUGCGUGAACGGACUGACUACUCGGAUUCCGUGUCAACCCUUGCACAAAUGGUCCAGCGAUAUGCUAUGUUCUACGUCAAUGCGGCCGAGGACACCGCCUCAACCGCCCAGGAAGGUAUCGAAGUCAAUGCUGAUCUUAAGCCAGCCGUGGAUCAGUUUUGGGGGUUGUUGCGUAUGUUCGGUAGUCCAGACGAGUGGGAUCAGCUCCAGCAAAAGUUCCACGAUGUCCUGCGCCAUGCAAACAAGGACCCCGAGUUCGAGCAGCUGAUGGGAGAAGUUGGCACCUCUCUGCAGGACAUGCUCACCGAUCCAGCGUUCUUCGAUUCUGCACCGCAGAAACUCGAUGAAUUGCAACAGCAAUCGGAGAAAAUGAGCUCCGAGACCGGUCUUCGACAGGACAUUGUUGAGUUCCUGGCUCAAGCUAAGCGGACACUGCGUGCAGUGCCUGAAGAUCCUGCUGCCUCGAAGUUGGUCAACGCUACUACAAAGCUCUACAACGACGCAUGGAAUGCAUACAACGACAAGAACACUGAUCUCCCAGCCGACCUGGUGAACGUCUUCCUUCCCGUUGCCCUGCGCAUGAUCCAGUAUGUGCCCAUUCCUCGUCUGGAAGUGGCCGCUCCAGAGAUGGACCUGCUUCUGGAGAAUUUGAUCCUGGAGCCUGGCCACACCGUCAACUACUCCUCCUUCCUCCCAUACCGCAUGCACCUUACCACUCGCAACGACAUUGAUAUAGUCAAGAAACACUCAAAACGGACCCAGACAGAUAUCAAAACCCUGUUCAGUGUAGCCCUCCACGGUUUGAACAUCAGCGCCGUGGAUUUCGGAUACUGGCUAAAGACCCACACUCUACUCUGGCACAUGAAGGAUGAAGGUAUCGCCAGCUUCUAUCUCGACCGCCGAGGCAUCGACAUAAAUUUGGAGAUAGAGGUCGGUCGAGGCUCUCUGGAACAAAUCUUCACCUUGCGCAAUGUCCGAAUCCGCAUCCAUAAGCUCGACUACAAGGUCUCGAAGAGCAAGUGGAAGUUCCUCCUCUGGCUCGCAAAACCAUUCCUAAAGCACCUCGUACGCCGAGUACUAGAAAAGAAAAUCGCCGAAGAGAUCGUGGCCGUCGCCCACGCCUUGAACCGGGAAUUGGUAUUUGCCCGCGAGCGUUUGCGCGCCACUCGCAUCGCCAAUCCGCAAGACCUGGCGACUUUCGCUCGUGCCGUACUUGCACGACUGAAGCCCGCGGACACGGAUAUGGAAGCUCGGAUCGCUCUUGAGCUGCCAAAGUCUGGUGUCUUCAAGGGUAUCUAUGCUCCCGGUAGCAUUGUCAAGACCUGGCAUGACGAGGCAACCCGAGCCCAGGAGGCGAUCGAGGAUGGAGAUGAGACUCACGGGCUGGGACACACAUGGCGCAACGACAUUUUCGACGUCGCUGGAUCCCGCUGA